AUGGCUCAAAAAGCGAAGAAGGACCUGGCCAAGUCCAACGCCGCCGCCCUCCAGAACCUACACACGCUCUCCAUCGCCCUGAACGCCGCGUUCCUCGCGUUCGCAAUCUUCCUCCGGCCCCGAUCCCUCAAGCUCUACGGCGUGCUCUCCAUCCCGGCCUUUGCCGCGCAAUUCAUCCUCGAGCGCUCCGGCCGUCCGGUGCGCGAUCCCGAGACAGGCGCUGUCCGGUCUGCCGGUCAGGACCUCGGCGCCGAGGGCUUGACUGCCUACAUGUUUGACGUUGUGUGGGUGACGUGGGCCACGCUCGUAUUCGUUAUCCUGAUUGGUGAUAAGGGGUGGUUUCUCUGGACUGUUGUGCCCGCGUACGGAGGAUAUCAGGCUGGAAGGCUGCUGCUCAAGGCGAGAGGCUUGGCUGGCGGGCUGGGCGGUAUGACUGCUCAACCUGAAGCAGCGCCCCAGGGUGGAAACAGGAAACAGAGGCGUGCUGCGUAA